AUGAAGCAAAAUCUGUACUGGGCGCCCGGUCCGGGUCGAGAGGAGCCGGACUCCCUGGAGAGUGAUAACCACCGACAGGUGCAGCUGAGCCCGGCACGGCUGCCCGGAAGUGCCCCGGGGACCGACCCAGAUGAAAACAUAAUUUCGGACUUUCAGUCAGAGGAGGACGGGAAGCACACCCAUGACCCAGUUUACUUUGAACCGUCCUCCGUGCGACUGGAGUUGGAGAGGAUCUCAGAGUUCGUUUUGAAGGCCCCGGCGACUACAGAUGACCCACCAAAGAUAGUGGACCGAUCCAUUAACAGCAACCCUCCAGAUUCCACAGGAGGAAGUAAGUUUGCCUGAAUUUGUCGCACGCAGGCUGGUGAAAGGGCUGAUAUCGUUUCCCUGAGGAAGCACCUGCAUGGGCCACACCAGGCCCUGGGACGUUUGGCAUCAGCAAUUGAGCGGGACCAGAGCUACUUCCACCACCUGCAGGAAGAGGAGGAGGAGGAAGAGGAGGAAGAGGAGGAAGAUGAGGAGAGGCAGCGGAUGAGGAGGGAGGAGCAGCUGAGAACACAGCCGCGAACGACAGCGAUUCAGACGGCACUGUAUCUCCGCUGUGUUCAGGUGGCCUCUGCCGGCUGGUCGGGUGCGACUGAAGCACUGCCACGCGGGAAGAAGAGCCACUCAGCACGACCUUUCACCCCUGUCCAUCACUCCCUGACCUCCCCUCUGCUGAGUGAAGAGUGAAGGAAGAUCAUCUACCAUCAGCUCUGCUGUCUUGAGGGCAUGCUGGAGGCCCCGACUCUGGAUCGCCACGGCAGAGUCGGCCCGCUCGCUGCCUGCUGGGACCCCAAGUAAGUUGUUCUGGGGCCGACCACGAUUAAGCUGCUGAAAAAAGAACGAGCCAUUGAGAACAGAUGGGAGCAGUUUGUUUCAACCAAGCCUCAUCUCGCUCAUCCCAAGCGCCCCUACAGCUCCUCUGCUCGCCUCCCCACCUGCAGGAAGUCUUCCUUCACGAGCGUGGCCUCCCUCCCUGUCCUCACCCCCGUCACUGUGGGCAGCAGCAGUGUGUCCUCUCUGGUCCAGGUCGCUGAGGAGGACAAGAGGGGGACAGACCAACCUCCCGCAGAGGGUCUCCGGACACUUUCAGAUGUCCAUCAGAAAGUCAAGAGAGAAAGCCAAAGCUCACAAACCAGCUGUCUGACAUCAUCUGAGUCCAAAACACAGCCUCCAGGCUGGACGGACAACCGAACCGGGUCCAAGACCACAAAGAGUUUUCGGCCCAAAAAGUGCAACUGCACCUGCACGCAUGCGUUAGAAUUUCGAGCCCUGUGUCACGUGACUGAAUCCCAGGGCCUUCCUCGUCAACAGACCUGCAUGUCCCAAGAGAUGAAGGCCUCAAACACUAAAAACAAGCCCGGCAACAAUAUGUGGGAUGCUGUGUCCACUCUGCUGAGCAGCCUGCCCGAGGAGGUGUGCAGGGAGCGAGCGGGGAGCCGGGUACUGGAGAGGCUGACUGGUUUUGCAGAGCAGCAGACCCUCAGGGUUCGACCUCGGGUGAAGGAGCUCUGUCUGCCUGAGCUGCGUGUGGCCAUCAAGAUUGCCACGGAGCACGUUGUCCAGAUGCUCAGGGACGAGUACGAUUCCUGGUUGUGUUUAAGGGUCGCUCUGCCCCACAGCGCCCCGCAAACACCAGGUGAACCACACUCAUUUAGACCUGGAGGACAAAUAGAUGAAGGGAACACUGGGACACCAGGGUUGUAA